GUAAAAUGACAUAUCAUGAAUACAAAAGUUGACAAUACCAAAGAGCCAAAUAGCAUGCCAAAUCAAAGAUGGAGCAUCACGAGCACUUUUAUUUUCUUUUUCCUCAUUGGAACGUCGAGGAGUGCUGUUGGAAAUCCUGUCAGGGACGGGUCGAAGAAGGAAGCGGAAAUGCCUAUGUCCAACUGGACACAGCUCGCAGACGAAUGGCUUGCCAAAGUAAAUGCCGCGAGACAGUUAGACGUUACGGUCUUACCAUCUAUUAACGGAAUCCGAGAUCUACCACCGACCGCGGAAACUGUGAUCGUCGAUGGCUUUAAUACUAAUCAAUUGCCACGGUACAAUUAUUCUAGAAUAUUGUGGGAAAUGGAGAGCGUGCAACCAAGUGGUCACCUGUCAGGAUUCGUUGACAAAGCUUUAAAAUUACUAGAUCUAAAGCAGGUGAUGAUGGAGGUAGAGACAUCAGUGAUGUCGAAAGUGUCCUGCACAGCGUGUAAAGUCGCAACAGGUCUUCUUCAGCACUACAUAAAGGUCGGCAAGGACGAUAAGGAGAUUAUGAACAGCAUUUAUCAAUUUUGUGUAUCCCUCAACAUUCAAAGCUCUCGAGUUUGUCAAGGAGUUACGUUGCUCUUUGGGGGAGAGGUCAUUUAUGUAUUAAAACAACUGGAUAUGGGACCGGCGCAAAUCUGUAGCUUCAUUAUUGGCGACGCAUGCGAUGACACGUAUAAUCCUUUGCACGAAUGGGAGGUAGCAUUCCCGCCGGUGAAUAAACCACCUGUGAAACCCCCUGUGCCUCCUCAAGAAGGUGCGCCCACCUUCAAAGUUCUUCACAUCUCUGACACACACUACGAUCCUUACUACCAGGAGGGCGCGAACGCGGAUUGUAACGAACCAUUGUGCUGUAGAUUAACAAAUGGAGCACCCCAGACACCAGCCGGAGCUGCUGGCAGAUGGGGUGACUACAGAAAAUGUGACACGCCGAAAAGAACGGUCGAGCAUAUGCUGAAACAUAUCGUCGAUACGCAUUCUGAUAUCGACUACAUUUUGUGGACUGGAGAUUUACCACCUCACGACAUAUGGAAUCAAACGCGAGAGGAAAAUCUGAAAGUUUUGCACGAUACAGUGACACAGCUCAUUGAAAUGUUUCCCGGAAUACCGAUCUUCCCAGCUCUUGGAAAUCAUGAAAGUGCUCCUGUGAACAGUUUUCCUCCACCAUUUGUGUCAAAAGAAAAUGAUAUAUCGUGGUUGUACGACGCGCUCGAUAAACAUUGGAGACGUUGGUUACCAGCAGGUGUUUCACACACUGUUCGCCGUGGCGCGUUUUACUCAGUCCUCGUGCGUCCAGGAUUCAGAAUCCUGUCUGUCAAUAUGAAUUAUUGCAACAACAAAAACUGGUGGCUGCUCUUAAAUAGCACGGAUCCAGUGAGCGAACUACAAUGGCUCGUGUAUGAGUUACAAGGAGCUGAAAUGAAUGGCGAGAAAGUUCACAUCAUCGGGCACAUUCCACCUGGUCAUUCGGACUGUUUGAAAGUGUGGUCCAGAAACUAUUAUCAAAUUAUCAACAGAUACGAAUCUACAAUCACAGCACAAUUUUUCGGACAUACCCACUAUGAUGAAUUCGAACUGUUUUACGAUGUUGCUGAUCUUGGAAGAGCUCUUAGUAUAGCUUACGUUGGACCAUCGGUUACACCUUACUACGAGCUCAAUCCGGGAUACAGGAUAUACUAUGUCGAUGGUGAUCAUCCUAAAACUACUAGGAUGGUCGUGGAUCAUGAAAGUUGGGUAAUGAAUCUAAAAGAAGCAAAUCUUUACGAUUACCCUAUUUGGUAUAAAAUGUAUAGUGCUCGACAAGCGUAUCAAAUGCCAUCACUUCUGCCACGAGAUUGGGACACUUUGAUAGAUAAGAUGAGCAAUGAACCUUCGCUUUUUGAUUUAUAUUAUAAACAUUAUUAUAAGAAUUCCCCUGUAAGACCAUCAUGUAACGAUGAGUGCCGAAAGAGAUUACUUUGCGACUUGCGAAGUGGAAGAAGUCACGAUCGCAAAGCUUUGUGUCAAAAUCUUGAGUCUAGGAUAGAUAGUGAAACAAGGACAGGUUGGCGAGCUUGGAUUUACAAUGGACUUGCUUUUUCGAUGUCCAUUUUCAUGGCAAUUCCUCGAUUUGCGUACAAUUUACCUAAGUAUGUAUUAGGUCUGGGAUAAAUGAAGAUAGCAUUGAGUGGAAAACUGAUGUGAUCUUUUGAUAUUAAAUUAUUAAACAUUCAUAAUGGUGAUAUUGUUGCUCUGAAAGUUGCAACACGCAUUUAUCGCUUGAGAACGUGAAACACGUAAAAGAGUGAUGGAAUUGUGCAGAUAUUUUCUUGAGAUUCCUGUUAGUUAAAGAAUUUGAAUUCUUUAGUUAAAAGAAUUUAUUUAAGUAGCGAUAGUGAGAUAUGCAGUGUAAAGUUUCAUUUUACAAUAUGAAUUACUUUCCCUUCUAAUGUGAUAAAUAUACACAUAAACUGUAUUUUGCUAUUGCAUGCAAAAUACGUAUUUGCUAGAGUUUUUAAUUUCUUUCUUUUCAGACAUGAUGUCUUUGUAAAAGUGCAAAUGUAUUAUUUAGGAAGACAUAUUAUUGUACUGAAUUCUAUGUUUAGUUUGUGUCAAUUUUUUAUAACUUCAAAUUUUUAUAAAAAUUUAAAAAAUUAUUAAAAGUUUUUUCUUUUAUCUAUAAAUUGAUUAUUUUGUAGGCUCUAUAAUCAACAUUUUUGAGUUUAAAAAGUAUUUCCAAAUUUUCACAGUUAUGAACAUUUAAUGUAAAGAUUGGAUAAAUAUAACUUGAACAAUUUAAACAGCAAAAUUAAAUUUACACAAAAUCGACAAACCUAGUUGGUUGUUUUUUUAAGAAAUAUUUUGUAUAUAAUCCUUUUUAUAUUGUAUAGUUUGAAUUCGUUGUUGCAAGUCCAUAAUUUAUUUAAUAAAACAAUAGUACUGACAAAUAAUGCAAAACUCGAUAGAACUUUUGCAUCCCUCUAACGUAUCUUUCCUCUUUUUGAUAUUUUUAUUAAUAAACUAUGAAUAUUUAUUUAUAUUUCUAUGAAUGCAAUGAAGAGGACAACAACCGAUGUCGAUCAAAAAUUGUUGAUAUUUUUUAUUGUCGUUGUAACUUCGUAAAAAGAAAUCAUACAACAAUCUUAUUUGAUCUCAUGAAAUCACUACUUUGACAAUCUUGAGUUCGUUUUUCUCAAAGAUGAUCUUAGAUCAUUAUCGAGAAAAAAAUUUUUCGAUAGUCUUACAGACGUUUGAAUUUUGACAAUCUUCGAGAAUAAAAGUAUUCUUACUUUUCUACCUUUUUACAUGAUGUAAAAACAUCUUUGAAGAAAAUAAACUCGGAACUAUGAAACUUUACUCUUACAAAAUAAAGUGGAAGACCAAAAACAAAACCAAAUAGAUUGUUAAAUAAUUUUCUUUUUUUUUUUUUUACGAUGUUAUAAUUUAAAACAUCGACGAUUUUCCAUCAUUAUUGGUCCACUUGUGUUCUUCACCAUAAAAUUUAAAAAAUGAUACCUAGAAAAUUAUUGAAAAUAUAUAACGAGUAAAUUAUUGAAAAUAUAUAACGAGUAUCUGCUUUGGACAUUAUAUAUUGUCGUAUAUUAUUCGUACUUUCGACACUUUAAAAUUUUCCACAAAUACAAUGCUGCUCGACAUGUUCAAAUUCCCCAUAAAUACAUAAAAGUCCGUAGUCUAUUUAUUAAAGUAGGUCUCUGCUUUCCUCAUCUCAUUUUUUGCGGGAAUAUUUGAGAACAGCGCGUUUUAGUUUUAAAUGUAAUUUUUAUUUAGGCUAUGUACAACACAUACGUACAAUACGUGACCCUUGCUUAAAACUAUAUUACGCUCGCCCGGUAUGCAUUUCCACUUUCUUUUUUUUUUUUUUUUUUUUUUUUUUAAAUCUUUUCUCUUCGACAUACUUGUUAGUGUGUGUGGUGAACGUGUGUUUUCUCAUGCAUGCUUCGUCGCAAUAGAGACACAUUAUGUGUUGUAUGUUUUCUUUCUCUUUUCUUUUUCUCUCUUUUUUCUUUCUUUGUAUGUAUGCAAGUGCAAACGUGUUUCGUAUAUUCGUGUGAUAUGUUACAAAUUUUUAGGAACAUUUCGCGUGGAACACCGCGAGCGAUAUUUAGUAAUAAGGCUGCAGCAAAACUACACGAAAACAAUGCAGUCGUCUGCAGCUUCAUUCUCGAUCAAUAUAUUAAUUAGACAAUUAUCGAAAAAUGACACCAAUAUAGACGAUUGUUGGUUGGACAGAUCCAAAUAUCACCACUGAAAGACGCCAGGGAGGAUAACAAUUAUUUGACAACUAUCAAAGUUAAAAUUUUCAAAUUGAAAGUGAAAUUAAUGCAACGUUCAUUUAGUUAUUUUCAUUUACACUUGAAACUGAUAUUUUAUUAUAUAUAAUACGAUAUAAUUAAUUGAAUGAAAUAUAUAUUUAAAUGAAUAUAUAUAUUUAAAUGAAUUGUAAUCAUGUUAUAGACUCAAUCAAGUGCAAUGUUUCAUUGAAUCAUUCUUUUUAAAUUAAGCAAAUAUUAAGUAAAAAAAAAAAACUAAAAAGCUAGGAAGAUAUAUUUACAAAUAUGAUUAAAUGAAUUUAUUUAUAAUUUAGUACACCACGUGAUUGUAUUUUCUCAUGAAUGAAAGUAGUUGUUCGUUUUGGUGCAUCAACUAUUAAAUUAAACCUGAAGGCAAAUAUUGAUUUACUUUGAUAUUUUCAUUACAUUUGUUCUCUCUCUAAUAAUAAUCAGAAAUUAGCCAUUGAAUCGUAAAUACAGAUGUUAUUAAUUUCAUAUUAAUUUCAAAUUAUCUGAAGCGAAAAGAAACACAUGAAAUUCAUGUGCUAUCAAAAUUCUAUUUGCACAAUUAUUUAUUCAGACCCCUGGCGUCUCUCAAAUUUCAAACGCAAAACACUGUCAGUUAUCCCCGUCUCUCUUUCCGAUUAUUUUAAAACUCUGGCCAAACAUAAGCACACAAAUCAAUACCUAAUAUCCCACUAAGUUUAGGUAUGCUUAUAUUUAAAGGACAUUGAAAAAUCGCAUAUGCUAGAAUAUCUGUUGAUUACACUGUAUACGUAUCUCUCGCUUAUUUACAACCUUCCACCGUUAACGAAACUGUUGUUUGGAUCGUUGUUAAGAAACUAACAGAAAGGAUGUGGACUGUGCGCGUAUCCGAGUUCCACUUUGCGUGCAUCGAUUAUUCUAAUUGUUAGUAUGCGUAGCGUGUGCUGUGUCAAAAAGGAAAUUGAAAAAUAGAUAACAAGGAGAACAAAGG